UCCGGUUUGAAAACAUGGCGCCAGUACAGCGGUUGGUUUUGUGCGAGGAGACUGUCCGGGAGCGCAGCGGCCUGGGUCCCCAUCGGGACCUUGCUGAGCUUCGAUCUUUAUCUAUUCCUGGAACAUACCAAGAGAAGAUUACUCACCUGGGGAACUCUCUGAUGCGUUUGACAGCUCUAAAAUCCUUAGAUCUCUCACGUAACUCCUUGGUUAGUCUUGAGGGCAUUCAGCAUCUGGCCCUCUUGGAGAGUCUCAAUCUCUACUACAACUGCAUUUCUUCAUUAGCAGAAGUAUUUAGGCUCCACUCCUUAACAGAGCUCCAGGAUGUGGACUUCCGGCUUAACCCGGUUGUGAAGAAUGAGUCUGACUAUCGCCUAUUUGUGGUGCACAUGCUCCCCAAGCUCCGACAGCUAGAUGAUCGCCCUGUGAGAGAGAGUGAGCGCAAGGCAUCUCAGCUUCAUUUUUCUUCAGAGGAUUCAUUGGACUCAAAGCAGAGCUUCUCAACCGCUUUAACAGUUGGAAGAACACACCACUCCAGAACCGAUGCUUCAGCUAAGAAAUGCUUGGUUAUGGAUGCUGAUGAUGAGGCUGUCCUGAACCUCAUUGCUGAAUGUGAGUGGGACCUAAGCAAUCCUCCCGGAAGCACAAGCUCCAGCCAAAAGGAACAUGAGGCAGAUCUCCAUUAUGCUCAAGAGUCUGGACAUCUGUUGAGUCCUUUGUCCAUCCAGCACCAGUGUGGGGACUCAGUGAGAAGGGGCCAUGAGAAGAAGAAAGGCACCUCCAGAGGGUGCUGUCCAGCUCAUUCACCACAGGACCAGCUUUGUGGGGAGCUCACUCUGCAGCAUGGAGUGCCAGAGGCCUGCCACGUGCAUGCUCCGCACACCCGCUUCCCUUCACACCCAGACUCUGUGAAUGUUGAAGAUUGUGGUUCAUCUUCUCAGAAGUCAAGUUUGUCAUCACAGAAUAUAUUAAAUCUUUUGCCUCUUCCUGAAAAGUACAGGAAGCGAAGGAUGCCUGGUGGGAGAUUCCAGGUGCCUUCAGACCGGGAGUGUCUGAGCUGCCUAGAAAGGCCUGAUGGAUCCUCUGGCCUCGAGGACAGUCUGAGCAGACAGGAUGGCUUGGAGGGCCACAGUCAGGCCAUGUCUCAUUCUGAGGCUUUGGAGGUUGAAGAGCGGACAUCUCAUGGCACAAAUGACCCCAGAGUGCUGUCUCCUAAACUCUGCUCAGCAGCAGUGCCUGAGCGGAGGCCUGCUCUGGAGGUGGCACUCCUGGAGGCACUCCUCGACCUGAUAGACAGGUGCGCAAGCGGCAGUGGAUCCCUGCAUGGCAACGAGGCAUUCCUUGCUCAAGCCAGGCAUGUUUUGUCAUCUCUUCAAGAGGUCACAGCAGCUCGGGACAGUUCAACCCUUGAAAAGGAAGAACUUAAUUACCUAUCUCUUGAGAAUAAGUCUCUGCAAAGCCGCCUUGCUGAGCAGCAGCAACAGUAUACUGCUACACUGGGCAAGGUGAUUGCAGAACUCAACAAUUCAAGGAAGGAGCUGGACACAUUGAGACAGCAUUUAGACAAAUCUUUGGAAGAGAAUAGUAACUUAAAAUCUCUUCUGUUGAGCGUGAAAAAAGAAGUAAAAAAUUCAGACACUUCAGCUGCAUUAACUUUGCAGAUCACUGGACUUCAGGCAAGUAUGAAACAGCUCUCGGGGGAAGUUGUGGAGUUGAAGCAGCACUUGGAGCACUAUGACAAGAUCCAGGAGCUCACACAGAUGCUGCAAGAGAGCCACAGUUCCCUGGUCAGCACCAAUGAGCACCUCCUGCAGGAGCUGAGCCACACACGGGCACAGCAUAGAGCUGAGGUAGAGCAGAUGCACUGGAGCUUCCAGGAGUUUAAGAAGACUGCUGCCCUGUUUCCACGCCACAGCUCCCGGCUUGGUGGCCGCCAGUCCUGCUAGCUCCUACUGAGCUGUGCUGUCCUCCAUCAGUCAUAGCUCCAGAGCUGCACCUAGGCAUGUCCCUAACUGAAUAUUCUGGUGAGACUGCAGUUACCUUGGGAUCCUAAAAAUGUGUUGAUGGUCUGAAGUUUAGCUGGCAUAUGUGUCCUAAACUGACAAAGUCGACCCUGGGUCUUUGCCAUACUUGGAACACUUGCUUUGCCAUUACACAUCCAGUUGUAAAGUACCUGUAGUAUUUUCCUUCCCAAUUUGUGAAAGUUUUAUAUAUGUAAA